GAGGCGGGAUCUGAGCUCGGCUGUAGUUCCGUCAUCUCGCCCGUCUCCGAGACUACAGGGGGCCAAUGUUGAUUUGGGAAAAUUCGCUUCGCCGUUUGGACCCCUUCGAGGAUUCACUUUUUAAAUCUGGGUUCGAUGACGAAAGGUGGCAGUCUUUUGAUUGAGAAUAUUGCAUCCCCGCCGUCUGUGUAGCUGUUUUUCGGGGGGCGGGGGGCCGGGAGAGAGGUGGGGAGCCGGGGUGGGGGGUGCUGCUGCGAGGAGGCACAGGAGAAGACUGGAUCCUCCGCGUUUCAGGUCAAUCACGCCGAGGUCGGCCUGGCGGUCUGGUGGAGCCCCAGCGACCAGGACGCUACCGCGAUAGCUCCCCGGGGAUUCAAGCCCGAUUCCGGCCGGUGUCGGCGGCUGACGGCCGUGUAGGGCGCGAGCCCGCUCCGGAGCACCGCCUCGCCGCAUCGCAGGCUAUUAAAGACCAAGACCUCGGGACGCUCGCUAACCGCUGCGACUGGGUUAAGGAAAAAACGCCGAACUUGGGUCACCGGCUCGAGGGGGCUGCAGGGCGGCCAAAAAAACAAGCCACGGAUCGCCCGUUGACAAGUUGUCAUCAUGGGCAACGCGCCCACGGCCAGGAAGGGCAGCGAGAUGGAAAGCGUCAAGGAGUUCCUUGCUAAAGCCAAAGAGGACUUUCUAAAGAAGUGGGAGAGCCCCGCACAGAACACUGCUGGCCUUGAGCAGUUUGAGAGGUUGAAAACUCUCGGCACGGGCUCAUUUGGCCGAGUGAUGCUUGUGAAGCACAGAGAAACGGGACAGCAUUAUGCCAUGAAGAUCCUCAACAAGCAGAAGGUGGUCAAGCUCAAGCAAAUAGAGCACACUCUGAAUGAGAAGCGGAUUCUUCAGGCUGUCAGCUUUCCCUUUCUGGUGCGGUUGGAGUACUCGUUUAAGGACAACACUAACCUCUAUAUGGUGAUGGAGUAUGUACCAGGUGGAGAGAUGUUCUCUCAUCUACGGAGAAUUGGCAGAUUUAGUGAGCCUCACGCUCGGUUCUACGCUGCUCAGAUUGUUCUAACCUUUGAGUAUCUUCACGCGUUGGACCUGAUCUACAGAGACCUGAAACCUGAAAACCUGCUCAUAGACCAACAGGGCUACAUACAGGUGACAGAUUUUGGCUUUGCCAAACGCGUAAAGGGCCGGACCUGGACACUGUGUGGCACCCCAGAAUAUCUGGCCCCGGAGAUUAUUCUGAGCAAGGGGUAUAACAAGGCCGUAGACUGGUGGGCGCUGGGCGUACUGGUCUAUGAGAUGGCAGCAGGGUACCCGCCUUUCUUUGCUGACCAGCCCAUUCAGAUCUACGAAAAGAUCGUGUCAGGGAAGGUGCGUUUCCCAUCUCACUUCAGUUCAGACCUGAAGGACCUCUUGCGGAACCUGUUACAGGUGGAUCUAACAAAACGUUUUGGGAACCUCAAGAACGGGGUCAACGACAUCAAGGGACACAAAUGGUUCGCAACCACCGACUGGAUUGCCAUCUACCAGAAAAAGGUGGAGGCUCCCUUCGUCCCCAAGUUCAAAGGACCAGGCGACACCAGCAACUUCGACGACUACGAGGAGGAGGAGAUCCGCGUCUCCUUCAACGAGAAAUGUGGCAAGGAGUUUGCAGAGUUCUAGCGUUAGAGAGCGAGAGAGGAAGAAAGAAGGAGUAGGGAGAGUCAAAGGUAGGCUGCUCGAGUGGGAGACAUAAGGAGAGAGUGCUGUCUCCUGUCCAAUCACAAGCACCAGCUACGACCAGAGUGGGGAAGGAGGGAGGGAUAGAGAAGGGAAAAGGAGAAAGGGGACUGAUAACCAGCAGUGUUGCCUUUUCUGUUGAUUUUUUAUUUUAUUUAUUAUUCUGUCUUAUUUAUGGUUCCCUUUAUACUGAAGGUGAGCUUCAGAUCGAAGGGUGUUGGUUAUACUUAGAGAUGCCUCUAGUCAUUUUCAUCCUUCCCUUCUCUUUUUCUAGUUUUGUUCAUCAUUCAAUCCCUUUUGGGCCACAUCACAGAGAAAUCAGUCCGCCUGCUCCACCUCCUGCGGCUUGUUGUUCAUCUCAUGAAGCCCGUAGAGUCCAUGAAGUUGAGGUCCACGUAAAGAUUUCUUCCAAUUCAACUGAUAACCCUCUCUCUUUCUCUCUCCCUCUCUCUCCCUCUCUCUCUCGAGCAGGAGGAGCAUUUAAGUGAACAUUCAAAUUAAAUAUAAUUUCUCAUUUAUUAUUUAAAUAUUCCAUCUUUUACCUUUUCAUACCUCGAGUCACCGGCAUGAUUGGCCAAAAGAAAAACAUAAAAACGAUGCAUUGUCUAAUCAAGCAACUUAGGGUAAGAGACAGGUGACACUUCCGGGGAAGAAGUCAGUUUACUGUGUAACUCAAUCGUUGUUAGCAUAGCUAGGCUUUGUGCACUCAAGUUUUUUUAAAUGUUACUAGAUACUGGUGGCUUCAAUUAUUUCAAGUCGCGCUAACAAACAAAGGAAAUGUGGAUAAGGGAACGUAAAUCUCUAUAUCGGUUUCGAUAGCGACAAAAUAACAUAAUGGUAUCUCAGGUUUGAACAUAUCACUUAAUAAGACAUUUUAUCAUCAUAAAGCAUUAGGAUUCGCAGGUCAAGAAGAUGUGGGAGACACUUGCUUGUGAUAUAGAUUUGGGAAUUUAAAGUUCUGUCAAGCACCAACAGGAACAAAAGGGAAUAUUAUGACUUUUAGCUAUUCCACAAUUUUCCCUUCCAGAGAAUUUGUUUUUGCUAACUGUGUUUGUUCUUAACGCACUUGCUGUCUCGGCUCAGAGCUCAUUUGUUAGUCGAGCUGAUGCGGCAUUUUGUAUCCACCAUUUGGCCCCGGCCCACUCCAGUUAGAAGAGACCAUCCGAGGCAGACUACCUCAAACUGCUUCUGGCUGGUGGUCACUGGAGCACUUUGAGCCUUGAGUCGUUGUCGGUGGUCUGGAUGGUGUGCUUCAUGCUCUUUUUAUAUACACCUGUGUUCAUCUCCACAGCACUCUCACUCUGUGUGACAGGCCUACAUGUGCCAGCAGCUCUAUUCCCAUCUGUGUGUUUACGUGCACAUUUUCCUUUUUUUCCAUGUGGUGAUGAUGUAAAGAUGCCUCCUACUCCAUUAAAGAAGUUAGGAAAAGGUAGAAGAGUUGAAUAUUGCUGGUACUGAGAAGAGACAGGAACAAUCUCAGUGUGCAAGCUGCCUGUCCGUAAAUUCCGCAACGCAUAGCACUUCAGCUGUUCGAUGCCGAUUUAGCACCUGAGCUAUAAUGGCAAAGCACUUACGCGACGCCCAAAAUGGUGGUCAUUGUAGGAUUUGGUCUUUCAGGAUUCAUAAAUAUUGUCUAUUUCAAACAUUCAAAUGCCUUCUUCGUAGCUGUAUUUUAAUGUCCCACUACAAUGAAGAUAAUCUAUUUUGGUUGAAACAGGCGCUGGUUUUACCUGGUGGCUUUAGAAUACCGAUUAGUUUUAUUUGAACGAGUCCUUCCUGUCCAAGAAAAGUUCCCCUGUCUGCACAUUAUGUACAGUAUCGCUAUGCCGAAACGUGACGUGGCCCCGGGUUUGCUGUGUGCUAAUUUGAAUCAAACGAUUUAAUUAAGGAGUAUGCACCAUGUAAGCUUCUGUCUUAAUGGAGCCUUAAAGGGGCAGUGAUUCAGUAUAAAACUUGCAUUAAAACCUGCAAGAGAGUUCGAGGCCUAGAUUCCUUAGCGAUUAUCGCGUGUUCCCCUCAUGUGAUGGAUACCUUGACAUAACUUCGCGGGCUGCGGAGCAGCCCACAUGGGUGGUAAACGGACCCUCUAUUGGGUCCUGGAUACCAGGACAGGACCUCGAGUUGAGCUAAAUAAGUAGGACCUCGAGUCCCUUCAUUGUGUCAGUUGAUAUUGUGCUGAGACAUUUCCAAACUAAAUAGCUAUUUAACAAGAAACUACCUGCCCCUUUUAACAACGUUCAGCAAAGAGGCGUUUGGCUCGCGCACAGAAAAGAGUCCACACGCAUGGCAAACGACUUGGGACCUAAAAGGGUUUGCCCCCUCUCCUCUUAGCCCAGAAUUUUCAUUUUCAGUCCUCCUCAUUGAGAGAGAGAGAGCGAGGCGGAAAAACAUUUUUCAAUCAAUCACUCUGAUCUUGUGAAUGAUUGGGAAUGACAACCUUUUUUUAAUAGCAUUAAUAUUAUUAAUUUGACAUUGUUGUAAACCACUUGUUGAGACUUCGCAUUGGCUGUAUUUCCUCCAUGUCGAGUUUAAUGUUGACUAUAUCAUCAUGGACAAAAGUGAAGUUAUAAUACAAUAUUAUUCCGUGUCUCCUAGAUGUUUUUUUUGCGGUGAUACAACUUCCUGUCGAUGCGGGCGCACUGCUGGUACAUACUGUCGCACUUUUUAGGGAAACGAGACCUCGAUGUAAACCAUGUUAACCCCCUGACACACACACACACACACACACAGACGCGCUGCAAGGGGAAGCGUCUAAAAUAACGGGAGAAGUGGCAUAAAAACCCGAAGUGUAAUAUUUUGCAAAAUGAGUAUCAUUCCAAUAAAGUUUUACUUGUA